GUUUUCCCAAUGCCUCCGAGUCUGUUUCCUGCCUGUAGGGUGAGUUGGGUGUUGCCAACCUCUGCAGGAUACCAAAAAGAAGUAAACCCGACGUGCUCCGUACAGCCUUCCUCUGCUGGGCUGGUCGCCGCGCGGAGCCCUGAGCCUGGGACAGACCAGACGUUGGUCACAUACCGCCAACCAGGAUAGGUACCAUGAGUACACGUGAAGGUCCCCCCACCACCGUGUGUGUGUGUGUGCAGGGAAGUGGUUGGGCUGAGAACUGGAGCUGCUGCAUAACAAUAUCUGGCAUUCACACAAGGAGGCCUCUGCUGCACACUGUUCUCGGCUUGACCGGUCCUUAAGUAUGUACUUAUGACAGCCCUAUGCUGUGGAUCUUAACUCCUGUACAGACUGGAGAGCUGAGCGAGGAUGAAGAUGUUUUGGGGGGAAGAAGCCAGGUGGCUCUCCACUACUCCUCAGGCCAAAAGCAACCUGGAAAACCUGGACGGGCCUCAGAGCUCCGGGGCGCCACCCCCAGUACCCCUUCCAAGGGGCCUGCUCUGUUACCGGGCGCCAGGCCCGCGGCUGCGGACUGCGCAUGCGCGCCUCCGUGGCCGUACUUCCCGCAGCCGACUGCGAGAACAGCCGCCCGGGCGGCGAAGGCCCCGCCAUGGUCGGGGCGCUGUUCGGCUGCUGGUUCCGCGUGGGCGGGGCCCGCCCGGUUGGCCCGGUACACCGUGCUCCUCCCUGCGCCCGCCACUCGUGUCUCAGCAUUCCCUCCAUCACGGACCUUCUCUACCAUGGUACAGACCUCCAUGAGCCGGUCCCAAGUAGCCCUGCUGGGCCUGAGUCUGCUGCUCAUGCUACUGCUGUAUGUGGGGCUGCCUGGCCUCCCUGAGCAGACUUCCUGGCUCUGGGGAAACCCCAAUGUCACAGUCCUGGCUGGUCUCACCCCUGGCAACUCCCCCAUCUUUUACCGCGAGGUGCUCCCACUCCAUCAGCCACGCAGGGUGGAGGUGGUGCUACUCCAUGGAAAGGCCUUUAACUCUCACACGUGGGAGCAGCUGGGCACACUGCAGCUGCUGUCGCAGAGGGGCUACCGGGCCGUGGCCCUUGACCUUCCAGGUUUUGGGAACUCAGCGCCUUCAAAGGAGGCAAGCACAGAAGCAGGGAGGGCAGGGCUGCUGGAGCAGGUGCUGCAGGACCUGGAGGUGCGGAAUGCCGUGUUGGUGAGCCCCUCGCUGAGCGGCCACUAUGCCCUGCCCUUCCUGAUGCGAGGCCACCACCAGCUACAUGGAUUUGUACCGAUCGCACCCACCUCCACCCAGAACUACACCCAGGAGCAAUUCUGGGCUGUGAAGACCCCAACUCUCAUCCUGUAUGGAGAGCUGGACCGCAUCCUGGCUCAAGAAUCUCUGCGGCAGCUCCGCCACCUGCCCAACCACUCCGUGGUGAAGCUACGCAACGCAGGCCAUGCCUGCUACCUCCACAAGCCGCAAGACUUCCACCUCGUCCUCCUUUCCUUCCUUGACCAUCUGCCUUGAACUAGCCCGCUACCCAGGCCCCAGGCCUGGCCUGAGCUUGAAGGGCCUGGACCACAACUCUCCCACCACCAGGGAGGCAGCCCCUGGGAUUGAAGGUCAGAGGUCAGAGAGUCAGACUCAGCCAGGACCUCUCAUUUCACUUCACAGACACAAUAAAAAAGCAUUUGUCUUGCCUGGGGUGUGA